GCCCGCAAAAAAACAGCUCGGUCUAGCCUCCCACCGCGGUUCGCGCUUCCCUUCUUGGCAAAAGAGGAGGCGUCCCGUCUCCCCCCCCCCACUCCCGGAUCCGGUUUCUCCGCGCCCGCCCCUUCCCGCAGCGUCGGCCGGGCAUCUGGAAGCCUUUCAGAAGGACGGCGAUGGGGAGCUGGGCCCUAGCGUGGACGGUGCUUUGCAGCCUGGUCGCUGCAACCCUGGUCUCAGCUGAUGAAGACUGCAAGUGGUACAUAGACAGAAAUGGCUCCUGGCACCGUGGCAUAGACUGCAACUUCCCUUCUUUCUGCUGUGGUGACUGCUACCAUCGCUUCUGCUGCUUUGAUAUCAGGAACCUUCUCACUGAACGGCAGCAGAAGCAUUGCAUGGCCUUUGGCCCGAGGACCAUUGCUGGCAUCGCUUCAGCUGUGAUUCUCUUUGUGGCCAUUGUUGCCACCAUUGUCUGCUGCUUCCUGUGCUCCUGCUGCUAUUUGUACCAGCGACGGCAUCACAUGCAGACUCCUUAUCAAGGUCAGGAGAUUCCACUUUCUGGUUAUCCUGAUCAGCCACCAGACCCUUAUCCCAUGGAUCCAAAAGCAGGGCCAGCAUUUCAUCCUGGAUAUGCCCCUGUGUUUCCCUACCCGCCGACAGUUCCAGCACAGUAUCCUCUAUAUCCACCUGGCCCACCAUACUACAAUCCUUCAGCUCCCCCACCAUACAUCCCACCGCAACCAACACAGCCUAGCACUUGAGAAGAAUCUUGGAGGACUAAUUGAAAGAAGCCUUUCUUUGUGGGCCUGCUAACUCCCUUUUUACAGAACUUGUAGGGGACUCCUACCGUCCGAAACUCCAGCCUGUGUUAGUAUUUGCCAGUGUUUUUUUUUUUUAAUUAGUUAUUCUGCAUGGUAGGAAGCAUUGUGACUUUUAAUUCUUUUCUCCACUCAACCCAAAUAUUGGAAGAAUCACCUUGUCCUCCUCACUUCCUAUGUGGUUCAGGAAGUAGCUGAUGAUUACAAAUGCAAGUGCACAAAGCUGGUGCAAGCACCAUAUGUAAUUUGACAGAUUUCCCCUCUCUGAAACCAAACUUUUCAGAAGGAGUGAGUAUGCAGAUUGCUUCCAGGGUUUUGCAAAGAAUUAAGUGAAACUCUUUUUCUCUAAACUGCCAGGAGCUCAAUUUUAGUUCCAUUCUUCAUAACUUCCAGGUGAUGCUUUGUGUCUUAAGGAAGCCCUGAGGCCUAAGUUGGAUAUGCAUAUUGAAAGUCCGAAGAUAUUUGGUGCUGCUAAAGAUCCUUACACAAAGUAGAUCUUGAUCAGAAUCUGGAGGAGAAGCUGCUUGAAAGCCCAUAAAGAUUCCCAAAUAAAGCUGUAAGUGCAAUUAAUACAUAGGAAAAGUAGAUGAGCCUAGAUAUAGAGUCUUUUAAAGAUGAGAUGAGGAAUAGACAAAAGAAGGCACAUUACCUUUGGUGCUCCGCAGCACAGAAUGAUAAGAAGUCCAAUAUCUGAAGAUAUAGCGAUCAAACUGUGGGCAUUUCAUAUGCAAAUGAAAGUACAGAUUUUCUAUGUUUUUUCAAGAAAAAAAAUGGGUGACAAAAGUAAUUCUUCUCAAUUGAGCAUAAUUUUGAUUUUCAAAGAAAUUUUUUUUAAUGAUUUCUCUACUGGAUUGAAAUUUCUCUUGUGCAUUCCACACCAAUCUAAUGAGGGUUAACCUUUCACCAUCAUAUUAUAACUUUCAGUAUAAACUGCCCUCAUAGUAGUAUGAAAUCUCGAUAUUUGAAAAGGUAAAGUAAGCAUUUAAAUCAGAUUGUGAAUCCUUUACUAAUGGCAGAGGUUGAGUUCACAUGUUAACUCCGUUAACUCACCAUAAAGAAAUCAUAUUGCCCAUUUCCCAAGGUAGAGCAAGGAACAACAACAACCUGCCAAGAACUGGCAUUUCAGAUGAGCAGGGGGCAAAAUUUAAACAGGCUUGAAAAUGGUUCAGCAAUGCCAUUAGGGAGAUGUCUUAAUUAAACUACAGAUAUGGUAGUUGGGUAGCCAUUUGGAGGAGUAUUGAAAUCUUAGUCCAUUCUUUCCUGGUUAGUUCCAUUUCUAUACAAAUCCUUUCCACCAACAUCCAAAUGGGUUGAUCUAGAUCAGGGGUCUCCAACCUUGGCAACUUUAAGACUUGUGGACUUCAACUUCCAGAAUUCCUCAGCCAGCAAAGUUGGCUGAGGAAUUCUGGGAGUUGAAGUCCACAAGUCUUAAAAUUGCCAAGGUUGGAGACCCCUGAUCUAGAGUUUCCAGCAUUCCUAGCCAGCACAGCUUUCCCCAAUCUGGCCAUUCUUCAUGGUUUCUGUUUCAAAUCCCAGAACUCAUCAGCCAGCAUCUUUCAUUUUUGUUUUUAUGCAAAUGUGAAAACAGGACAAUAUCAUUUAGGAUACUUGCUUCUUUUGUUUAUAGUCACUGCCCAACAGUAACUAUUAGAAUUUCUUUCAAAUCUUAUGUUUUAUCCCAUGGUGAGACUCCUUUCAUGUACAUAAAUACACAUUCUUUCAUAAUAUUCUAACUCAGUUGAGAUUCCUUUCUUUUUACUAAGAAAGAUUAGUUAAGAUUAGCUAGUCCCUUUACUUGUCCUGAAUCCAAACUCUCAGAUUUGCCUCUGAUCAAUUAAUUGUACUCCUGAGGCAUGGGAAGGCCUAUUAAGAAAUUGGUGCCUAUUAUCUAUGCAGUGUAGCCUAUUUCUCCUGAAAGUCCUUGGUGUUUAUUGUGGCUCGAUCUGCAUUUUAUUGUGUGCAAAAUCUAAUAUUCUGCCACUGGAAUGUUGCAGAGAACACUGGAGUUCUCUGUUUUCUUCCUGACUAUGUCAGUCUGGCCAUUCUAGGGCAGUUUCAUAGAUUUCCAGAACAGAAAGUCAUUUGUGGUGUAGUUUAGAAGCUGUUGCAGAAUAGAACGUUUUGCACAUUCCUGCUGCAUUCUUGCUGCAUGGUCCAAUUUAUCAAUCUGCCAUUACAUCUCAUUGUUCUUUCCAAACAUCAGCAAGAUUUAGUGUGAUGAGGUUGGACAGUCCCACCUAUUCCUCCCCACCUGCUGAAGGGAUAUUAACUUUGUACCUGCCAGUAUUGCAAAAGCUGUAUUUAAAUUAUUUGGAGCACACAGAGAAGGCCUGGGAAGCAAAACAAAUGCAUGAUGCUUCAACCAGAAUAUAAAGACAACUCCUGUGCAAGAAAAUGAAAAGGCCACCAUGUGCUAUGAUACCCACUAACUUCAUGACUUCCAGGAACUGGGAGAACGUGUUAGCCCAGUUGAAGAAGCCAUGCAUUGGGCAUAUGCCUUUUGAUGUUACACUGAGCUCUGCAAAACCAAAGUGUUUAGCAAUGCUGAAGCAACACAAUGUAAACAUCCUCUCCAUGCAUGUGACCAUUUCUGAGUCCUGCAAGAAAAUUUUGGAGGAAGGAGUUAAUUGAAUCAGCCCUUUUGCUCAAAUCACAUUCCCACUGUGUGGGAAUGGCCUGCUGAAUUGCAGCAACAGUUGCACCGCUGUCUCUUAUUCUAACCAGAAUGGCAAACGUUUGCUUUGCAAAAUGUUCGUUACAAUGUGAAUUAAAGUUGUAAAUACUGAUUAAGUUA